CCUGAGGUUGAGCUGGCUUGACUAACUACAUGAUACCGGUUCAUGAAAGUAUCGGACUCUGGGUUGAGUGACGUCAUAAUCAACCCCGCAUAUAUCUGUGUGCACAACCACAUGACUGGCUGGCUGCUGACUCCCGACUUGACUACCACUUGGGUCCGAUUAAAGUACUUCGACCCUCAAUCCUUAUAAAGAAGAUAUAUUUAUUUGUCUCCAGUACCGUCCUCAUUUCCAGUGGGGUUUCAUACUCGGUCGAACGGUUGGAUGGGAAGGAAUCUGGUCUCCAUACAUUAUUGAUAUCCCCCAAAACUGACGAUCGUCCAGCUCAGGAACUCGGAAACGGAACCACAUCUCGGUCGAAAGGUGCUCGAAGAUAUCAUCCCCCUGACCGGGAAGUGUAAAACUCACAGAUUGGCGAUCCUCCCCAUCUUGGGUUUUGGAUGACUACAAUGUGUCACUUUUGAUGAAGCUCAUCAUCGUCAACCGCUCCUGAAUUCCAAAAGGAAGGAUAAAUAAAGCACCACUUGGCCUCCGAUCACCUUCCAAACCAUUCUUCCAGUCAGAAAUUCUGGGUGUCUCAACUUAAUCUUCCUCGACUCAACUUAUUGGUCUGCUCACUUGUCCAGUCUAUAGUUAAAUAAUUUAGCAACAGGUUACAAUCUAGACCCGAGACGAUCAGCCACACUAUAAGCUUCCAUCCCAGCUACCUCAAACCAUCGAAUUUUGCUAUCAAAACUCCAUCCAGUAUGCCAGCUCGCACCAAUCUUGCUCCCGAUGAUCGAAUGAAGGACUGGCUAAGCUCCCAAAUCGAUACUUUUCAAGAUUUUCUCAACCGCUUGGCCUCGCCUGUCUUCGCUGUAGCAGAUCAAGUCCUCGUUGUACUUUCUUACCUUAACCCGUUUACUUACAUCUUCCUCAUCUUCAAUUUCUUCUAUCGACUCUGUGUCUCACCCCAUACACAUCGAUCCAUUCUCGGAUCGAUUAUCUUGGGCUUUAUCUUCAUCAUCAGCUUGCUGCUUAGUAUCAUCGCUUACAUAACGUUUUACCGGGCCUAUGUUCCUCACGUGGGAUUUCGUCUGCCCGUUUGGCUGCAUUACGGGGAAGCUCGGGUACCAUAUGCUGUCAUGGACUUAACUUCCAUCGCACCUGAGAUCACGAUUGAUCAGGCAUACGAUGUGCAUCUUCAUCUCACCGUCCCAACCAAUGAUCGCAACAUGAAUAUGGGCAACUUUAUGGUUCAUUUUUCCCUUGUCACGACUCCACCGCAUAAUACCACCCUCCAUCGAAGCUCACGCCACGCUUCUCUAGUAUACGAGCCUGGAUUUGCUCGCGUGCUUCAUGCCUUCAAGUACCUUCGAACCCUCUUCUUCUUUUCCUCGCCCCCCUCUGUCCAGCACGUCAGAGUACCUCUUCUAGAGCACCGCAUCAUACAUCCCAGCUCUCUUGGCAAGCGCACCAAAAUUUCCCAUGCUACGAUCGAUGUGGGGCGGCAGGAUGUGUACAGCUCACCAACUUUACUACUCGAGCGUAAUGGCUGGGGAGAGCUUCAAAUUUACAAAGCUGUUUUGGUUUUUGAUGCGCAUUUGGAAGGUCUUAGAUGGGCGCUUUACUACCAUCCUUACAUUUCGUUUUGCUUUUUUUCGGCGUUCUUCUUCAUCGCCGAGCUUAUGGCUGUAUUUGUCACUUGGGGGGCAGCUCUUUAUCGUCAAUCACCAAGCAAGUCGCCUGAAUUGAAACCAUUCCCCAAAGAAGAGUCUUACUCCGGUAGGCCACAUAGCCCGACCAAUCAGAAUCGCCUGAAACAUGAAACUCCUGCUCUGGGUACGACAGAGGUGGAUAGUUCUUCAACCUCUGAAAAUGACCCUCGAUCUCUGCAUGACCCCGAGGAUCGCGAACAUGACGCUUUCUUCGACGAACCCCCACGGAUCAAAACCGAGAUCAACGAGGAUGGGGUACUAGUAGGUAGCAGUCGGGACAUCAAUACCGAUCAUUCGACGAGCGACCCCCAGGGCCGUCUUAUCCAUCGGAAGUCGUCCAAGACCUCCAGAUAUAGCUAACUGAAACAUUUUCUAUAUUUUUGGCUCGCAUACGUCAAUGAGCCCUCCGCAAGAUUGCUUCUUCCUUUUUGUUGUUGAUGCCGUCACGGCGGCUGCAUGUAGAUCACGGUGCUCUAUCUCAUCUUUUUCGUAAAAUAUCAGCUUACUAUAGCGUUCUGUCUUACUAAAAUCUCCACGACCAUCCCAAAUCUCUCUUGAUACACUCAAUGUGCCAUUUGUGUCAAGUCAUAACAAAGAGAUGAAAAAAAAAAUGAUUAAAUUUUACCCCGCACAUACAUACCUAGAAAAUGAUUUUUAUUUAUCUGGUUUCACCAUUCUUCACAUUCAUCUGAUGUCUACUUAAAGGGAUUUUCACAUUGCAAGGCCAUGGAAACUCAAUGUGGGAUCUUGCCAAGCAAAAUGAAAUUUGUGACUCACUGUCAGCUCAAAAAAUGUAUUCAUUCACCAUUGUCGGGUAAUAAAACAUCUACAUACAUUUUUAGUAGUAUUACGCAUUUGACCCUUCACUUAUUUAACUUCGACAUUUGUUUCGAUGCUGGUACAAUUCUUAGUUUUAAGAUUUUGCGGCUGAAUUGAGUUUGAGACGACGUUGUCUGUUGUAGUAAAGAAUGCCUAUCGUCACAUCAUUGAGUUUACUGGGAUGAGACGUGCGCAGUCCUCCAA